CCAGGAGAGGAAAAGCGAGGCCAGGAAGGGAGCCGGCAGUGGGACGACUAGCCACCUGACCUGCCCCCGGCUGCGCACAUUCCAAAACCUAAUAAAGCGAUGGGCCUUGGACACAGUCUCCCGGCGCUUCUCUCCCUAUAAAUACUCGCCCUGCAGCGAAAACAAGCUUUGGUGGCUUGCUUCUCCUCUGCCUACCUCAGACCGGCAAAAAAGCGGCGGCGGCAACAGCCAAGGCAACGCAGCCUCAGGCGAAGAGCACCCCUCCUCCACCUAACUAAACCGGCGAGAUGCCCCGAGUAGAUGCAGAUCUCAAACUGGACUUUAAAGAUGUCUUGGUUAGACCAAAGCGAAGCAGCCUCAAAAGCAGAGCAGAGGCUACGGGGUGGGCUGGAGCGGGGCCGAUGGCUUCGAGUUACACACCGUGCAUCACAGGCCUGCGAUUUUAUUGACUGGAGGCAGGGAAGAUCAUUCAUUGAGGGGAAGGUUGGACUAGGUAGAUCUCAUGCGUACUUUCACAUUCCGUAACUCCAAGCAAACCUACACAGGGAUCCCCAUUAUUGUAGCAAAUAUGGACACUGUUGGCACAUUUGAAAUGGCACAGGUUAUGACUAAAUAUGCAAUGUUCACUGCAAUUCACAAGCAUUACUCUCUGGAAGAGUGGAAACUGUUUGCAAGUAAUCACCCAGAAUGCCUAGAGCAUGUAGCAGUGAGCUCAGGCAGUGGAAUGGCAGACUUUGAGAGACUGACAAAUAUCCUCGAAGCUAUUCCACUUAUCAAGUACAUCUGUCUGGAUGUGGCCAAUGGCUAUUCAGAACAUUUUGUGGAGUUUGUGAAAGCUGUCCGUGUAAGAUUCCCAAAGCAUACCAUCAUGGCAGGUAAUGUAGUGACAGGAGAGAUGGUAGAAGAACUUCUUCUGUCUGGAGCUGACAUUAUCAAAGUGGGGAUUGGACCAGGAUCUGUAUGCACCACUCGGAUAAAAACUGGUGUGGGUUAUCCACAGCUGAGUGCAGUGAUUGAGUGUGCGGAUUCUGCCCACGGACUGAAUGGCCAUAUCAUUUCAGAUGGGGGAUGUGGCUGUCCUGGAGAUGUUGCCAAAGCUUUUGGUGCUGGUGCUGAUUUUGUGAUGCUCGGGGGCAUGUUUGCAGGGCACGACCAAUGUGCUGGGGAGAUCAUAGAAAAAAAUGGCAAAAAAGUCAAACUUUUCUAUGGGAUGAGCUCUGACACAGCAAUGAAGAAGCAUGCAGGAGGCAUUGCAGAAUACAGAGCUUCAGAGGGGAAAACGGUAGAAGUGCCUUACAGAGGGAAUGUGGAAGACACCAUCCGUGAUAUCCUAGGAGGCUUGAGAUCCACCUGUACCUAUGUGGGAGCUGCCAAACUCAAAGAACUGAGUCGAAGGACCACCUUUAUUCGGGUAACUCAGCAGCACAGUCAAGUAUUUUGUUAGCCUACAAAGAAAAAAUGGUGAGCUUGGAGCUGUGAAACUUGCUGGCUUCUCUUCCUCCAUCACUCUUUGUUUUAUUGGCAAUGUAGCUUCCUGCUGGUGUACUUCAAGCCAGGAAAGGAAGUUGCUUGCCUGCCACCAGUGUUGAUUGUAGCAGUGGGGUUAUGCAUAGAGAGUAUAAGCCAUAAGCUGCUGCUAUAUCCAUGAUCAUUAUAUUUUGUUCAAAGUACAAUAGCACUGCUUAUUUUAUAGCCUUGAUCUAUUUAAAUAGGAAAUCUAGUUUGAUCUUUUAAUGAAAGUCACCCAGAACGCCAUUCAUAGUAUCUUUGUCUGCUCAAACAAUCCCUAUUACCAUGUAAGCCUAUCUAUUCAAGCUUUUAUGUUCAAAUAACCAGUUCCUACUGCUCCUGCAAGAUGGCAUGCAAGUCAGAGGAACAGGAGGACAACUUGGAAAACUGAAAGAUGAUUGUUGCAGGGAUGAUUGUUGCCCCAGCAUGCCAGCACUUCUAGAUCUAAAAUAAUGUUGUUCUAUUUUAUCUGUGACAUUAACUGCUUGAUCUUGAUUUUUAAUGUUACAUUGAUACAUGAAUGUUCUUAAAAUGGUUAAUUAAAUAAUUGUAUUCAUUUUAUUGUAAUGCUUUGCUGGGGAAGCUGUUCCAACAUAGCAAAUGGCCAUGCCUGUUGUAUGCAGAAAGAAUAACAUGCAAGGUAAUGAUAGUUGCUAUUUCUGUCCAAUCCAUUUGGGCAAGGUCCAAGGACACGCACAAGCUUCUUAUUUUUUGUACCCCACGGCACAGGGCUAGAUAUGGUAUCCCUGUUCUAGCUAUUGGAGAUCAAGUGCUUUCAGACACUGCAGCAUCAAUUAGAGAAGUAGUCAGAUCCCGAGGCUUGGAUCCCCUUGCAACAAAGGCUAAGGAGUGGCAGGGUCGUCAUCAGCCAAAACUUACACCCUCAUUCUUAUUGUCCCUACCUCUGAGGUUGGAGCUCAUUCAUGAAGCUGCUGCUUCAGGUGCUUACCUGAGUGCAUUCAUUUCUCUGAAAGAAAAUAAAAGUCUGCUUUUAUGAAACAGCUGAGCUAGUCCUGCUAACCUCCCCACCCCACCCUUGGUGGCUGGGAGUGCAGAUAGAGUGACAGUCAUUUCUUCUCAGCAGCUUUCUUCUGAAAACCAGUUUUGCUCUGGUAGGGUAUGUGUGUAGCAGAAAACAAAGUAUUACGAGAAUAAGUACAAUUAAGCACACUAAGGAACAAUUAUAAUCCUACCUGUUAUGUGUCGAUUAGCUUACUUUCACAUACAUUGAGCCAGUAAAGAGGCAGAUAAGCAUAUAGAGUACACACUUGAUGAAACAGAAUGCAGCAUUAAAACACGUGCACACAAGGAAGAGAAUGCCAUGCCAAAUCUGCAACCAGGAUUGAUUCUUUUCUGGGACUGAGCGUGAGAUUUUAAAGAUGCUACAACCAGCUAUGCUGAAGGAGCGUGAUCAAAUGCGCACUGGGUAUUGUAAUAGUAUCUUUUGCCUUUCCAAUUUUGUACCUGAUGUUGAAUUUUAAAUUUGUAGACAAAUGGCCGCUUUCAGUGUUGGAAAACUCCUAGGCUUCCCUGUCUGCUAUAUCAAUCUGGAUGCCAUCAUUCUUGGAGUUCAGUAUUGCUGUAUUCCUAAAAACUGCAGCCAUUAUCCUGUGAUUGUUCAGCACAGAUCAAGUUUCUUAUCUUUCAAACCUUCUGUCAAAUACUUGCAAAAUCAUCAUUUUCAUCUCAAAGUUUAUAUGAGUGAUUUUUUAAAAUAACACUGAGUCUUAAAACACAUUUAUGGAAGAGUAAAGCCUAAUGAGUAUAGUAGCACUUAACCUCCAAGUAAGCAUGGUUGGACUGCACUGUAAAUAAUUCUUUUCAUCCUUUUGGGUGAUUUAAAUAUAAAAUAUUAAUAUAUUUGAAAUUUAUUUUAAAUACCCAAUUGAAAGCACAACGUAAGUUCAACUUUUCUGCCUUUAGUUCAGCAUUUUCCACUGCAUUGUAGAGUUUCAUAGCACUUGUGUCAUUUUACUUAAUGAUGUUUAUCCCAUCUGUUUAGAAGUAAAAAAAGAAUACAUACUGGUUCUUAGGCACACCUCCCUCUUCCUUCUCAAAGUAGCUAAACAUCUUUCACAGUGUGGUGGUUCAAUCUAAAUUGAAAAACAGCAGCCAUACUUAAGUAACCACCUUCUAGUUGCACGUGAAAAGGAGCAGCAAGAGGCUCAUGCCCAUAAAAAUAUAUGUACUUUAGGAUCUUAUACUACUGUUGUACUGGUUGCCUAUGCAAGCAGAGGGUGAAGUCUUGGAGCAUCUACAAGUAACACAUAUGUUGAAUUGUCUGGAUAAAAAAUGGUUACAAAUGUUGUUAUUUCAGUGACAGUAACCACACCUCUCAUUAACACAUAGGUCAUACGCAUUAAUGACCUAGAAGCCCAGUGUCAGGUGUUAUGAUCUAAAACAAAUGCAUGAAAGACCCCAAGGCAACUUCAAACCACAACAUGUAUGAAUAAAUAGCAACUUAUGUCCAGUAAUGAUUUUUCACAGACCAGUAAUUAAGGGUGGGCAAUAUUUCCUGAAACUGCUUUCCACAGGAAUCAAUUAACUUAGUUAAGGUGCUACUGCUAUAGGUGCUCAACAGUUUGUUGCUAUUUCUAAUUAAUGCAACACAACUGGAAGGCUAGGGAGUGGGUGUCUGUUUUUUUCCUCUCAUGUAUGUUUUCUAUGAGAGGGAAAACAGCUUGUGAGAAACAGCCCAGGCAUCCCCUGAGGAUGACUAGAACAUGUAGACAGAGGGGCUGUGUUGCUGAGUCAGAUAAUAUAAUUCCUUCCAUUGUGAUCAUCACCUAAGGUUGCCUCCUUUUCUGGGAUGACAGGUGCAUUUUAGCAUUUUACAGAAAGGACUGGAUGCAUUUUUUUAUUGCCUAGUUCACACAUAAUGCCAACCCAUGAUAUACUUUGUUGAACUCUGGGUUGUUUAAGCCAUGGGUUGUCACAGUGUAUGAAUCUAGAACUGUGUGAUGCUUGUGGGUUGCUUUGCCAGGUUUUAAAGGUCACAGGCAAGAGAAGAAAAAACUUUCCAGCAGCUCUGGUUGCCAGAACUACAGCCCCGCAAAGACAUAUGGGAUACAAAGGAUGAGCAGGUGAAAGAGAGAAGGAUAAACGAUCCGGCCAAACAGACCUUGCAUAGGGUAACAAGACAUGAGUUAAGUAAAGCAUGAGUUUGCAUUAUUUGUGAAACAGGCCUGUAUCAGACUUUGCAGCCUUAGGGUCUGGCACUGCCACUAUCUCUACAAAUAUCCCAACAGGAGCAAAGAAAAGCACCCUAAUGAUCUUUACACUGCUUUUCCACUUCCAAUGUGUUCUUCAUUUUAUGAAGAUAACACAUAGUAGACAGAUUGGAUGUAACAACUAAAAUCACAUUUAACUGGAUAAAAAGUCCAACUUCAUGGCAGCUUUUUAAGUGAUUUGAAAGAAUGCAUAAAUACAAUACAAAGGCAGUGGAAGAAAAUGUUCUCUAAAUAAAUGCAGAAUAAAGUAUCAUACUGUGCAUAGAUUAACUACCAGGGUUGUUUUUCUUUUACAUAUACAGGGGUGGGGAAGGAAAGUAGGUAGCACAAUGAUGUACUGUAUCAAACAGUUUUGCAGAAUGGCGAGAAUAUGCAAUAUGCAGGAAUGCAUAAAUCUCAUGGACGUUUUAUUAUGGAUAAAAUAAAUAUAUGCAAAAAACAAA